AUGAAUCACUCAAGUUUUCACGAAUUCAUCAUCUCCUCGUUCCUCAACACCCAACGGCCCCCGACCGUCAACGAGGUCGCCGCCCAUUUCAACACAGACACCAGCACAGCACGCAAAGACCUAAGGUCCCUAGCCGACUACCACGGGGUCGUACUGCACCCCAAAUCCGACGAGGUCUGGGUCGCCCACCCCUUCUCGGCAUCGCCCACAACCUGCGUCGUAUCGGCCGGCGAUCGCAAAUGGUGGGGAAACUGCGCCUGGUGCUCGCUCGGCGUGAUGAAGCUCGCGGGGGGAACGGCGGUUCUCAAGACUAGGACUGGUGCCAUCGGUGACGAGGUGUCGGUCACAGCCCGGGACGGACGUUCGGUUGACACGGACUUCGUGAUACACUUCCCAGUGCCCAUGUCCAAGUGUUGGGACAACGUUGUCUACACCUGCUCGGUCCAGCUUCUCUUCCGCGAUGAGGCAGAGGUGGAUGAGUGGUGCGCUGUGAGGGGGGUUCCCAAAGGAGACGUACGGCCUAUUCAGCAGAUCUGGGACUUUGCUGCGGACUGGACCAAGUGGUCUCUGCGCGAAGCCAAGGAGAUUUUUGACCGGCAUGGCCUGGAUGGACCGAUUUGGGCAGUUGAGCAUGAUGCUGGGCGCUUUUAG